UCGCCAUGGGCAAGAUGGACAACACCUCCGUGGAGCUGAAUUCUCCCUCUGAGGUAAAGCAGGCAGCCCUGGAGGAGCCGGAGCCCAUCAGCCCUGAGGUUGUGAGCACCAAGAAGAAGAAGAAGAAGAAGAAGGAGAUCCCAGACAGAGGUUCCUGGAAGGGGAAAUUUGACUUCUUGCUGUCCUGUGUGGGCUAUGCUAUCGGUCUGGGCAACGUCUGGCGCUUCCCUUAUCUCUGCGGCAAGAAUGGAGGAGGGGCCUUCCUUAUCCCUUAUUUCCUGACGCUGGUGUUUGCUGGGAUUCCUCUCUUCCUGCUGGAAACUGCUCUGGGCCAGUAUACCUCUGUUGGUGGACUGGGAGUCUGGAGAUUAGCACCCAUGUUCAAAGGUGUGGGACUGGCAGCUAUGGUUCUGUCCUUCUGGCUGAACAUCUACUACAUUGUCAUCAUUGCCUGGGCUCUCUACUAUCUCUUCAACUCUUUCACUGCGGACCUGCCGUGGCAGAACUGCGGGAACGCCUGGAACACCGACCACUGCUUCUCCAACUACUCCCUGAACGACACCACCAACCUCACCAGCGCUGUCACCGAGUUCUGGGAGAGAAACAUGCACCAGAUGUCCGGGGGCCUGGGGGAGCCUGGCACCAUCCGCUGGCCCCUGGCUGGCACUCUGGCCCUGGCCUGGCUGCUGGUCUACUUCUCCAUCUGGAAGGGUGUGGAGUGGACGGGCAAGGUGGUGUAUUUCUCAGCCACCUACCCCUACUUCAUGCUUUUCAUCCUCUUGUUCCGGGGAGUCACCCUGCCAGGAGCCAAGGAGGGGAUCCUCUUCUACCUCACGCCUGACUUCAGGAAGCUUUCUGACUCUGAGGUCUGGAUGGACGCAGCCACUCAGAUCUUCUUCUCCUACGGCCUGGGGCUGGGCUCCCUCAUUGCUCUGGGGAGCUACAACACUUUCCACAACAACGUCUACAGAGACUCCAUUAUUGUCUGUUGUAUAAACUCCACCACAAGCAUAUUCGCGGGAUUUGUAAUUUUCUCUAUCAUUGGCUUCAUGUCACACAUCACAAAGAAGUCGGUGUCAGAGCUGGCCUCCUCAGGUCCUGGACUGGCUUUCCUCGCCUACCCGCAGGUUGUCACACAGCUGCCCCUGUCCCCACUCUGGUCAAUCCUCUUCUUCUCCAUGCUGAUGAUGCUGGGUCUGGACAGUCAGUUCUGCACUGUGGAAGGGUUCAUUACAGCCCUGCUGGAUGAGUACCCUCGAGUUCUGAGAGCCAGGAAGAAGAUCUUCAUCGCAGUGGUCUGCUUCAUCUCUUAUCUCAUUGGAUUCUCCAACAUCACGCAGGGCGGCAUUUAUGUCUUCAAGCUGUUUGAUUACUACUCAGCUAGUGGCAUGUGUCUUCUCUUUCUUGUCUUCUUUGAGACCAUCUCAAUUUCUUGGUGUUAUGGUGUGAACAGGUUUUACAGGAACAUUGAAGAAAUGAUUGGCUACAAGCCUUGCAUCUGGUGGAAGAUCUGCUGGGCCUUCUUCACACCUCUUGUCUGCCUGGGUGUGUUCUUCUUCAGUGUGGUGGAAAUGACCCCUCUGACACUGGGAAAAUAUGUCUAUCCUGCGUGGGGACAAGGCAUCGGCUGGCUCAUGGCCCUGUCCUCCAUGGUUCUGAUUCCAGGGUACAUGCUCUACUCUUUCUUCACCUCAACAGGGACUCUCCGGCAGCGUUUGCAGCAGAUGACACAGCCCAGGCCAGAGGUGCACGCUCAGAACAACGGCCUCCAGCCAAAGACGUCCUUGAAUGGGAGGAUCUCGGAUGCUGCCGUGUAGGAGGAAGGCCCGAACUCCUCAUCCUGCCCUGUAGCUGCCCACUCCACGUUGUCCCUCAAGCUUCUCUGGCACAGCUUGCUGUCCCUGGCUCUGCAGUGGCUUUUGCUUGUCCAAGAGAGGACCCGGUGGAGGAACCUGUUCAUGGCUCUUCCUCCUGGCAUGGCUGACCAAGGCCCUGAACAAGCUGCCACCAGGGCGUUGUGCGGUGACCAUCUUCAUCCUGCAACAUCCUGGUCCAGGCCCUCAGGGAGGAGCAGCUGGUGCCCACGUCUUCCUCCUCCUGAGGAGAGGUGGUGUCUCUAGAGAGCUUAGACUGAUUCCUGUCCACUUCUGGUUUUCUUGCCUUUCCAUGUGAAACUCCACAGAGCAUCGCGCAGCACACGGCUGUGCUUCACCCCAGAGAGAUUGCUGCCACCAGGUUCAAAUCCCAGAUGGCUGUUGAUUGAUGGAGCAUAAAACACCAGCAAAUACGUAACUGGAGGGGAUGUGCAGAGCAAAGGAUUCUAGUGCAGAACAAGGGAUUCUAGUGAGGAGUUCUGCAUGCUGGUAGCUGUAGGACCCUACACCCAGAGAAGGCCUUAAGGACAGUGUGUGCUGCUCACAGGUGCCGUGUUUCAGCCCUGCACAGUCUCCAGACGUGUUCGCUGCAUCCAUUGGGGCUGGCACUGUGAGCCAGAGCCCAGUGGAGCAGGCAGCCUUUCUCUUCUGGAGCAUCCUGCCCUUUGCAGCUGUGUGCAGUAGCCACACCCUGACCUAAAAGGCAGCUAAAAGGGUAAAUGGAGGGCUCCUUGCUACAGGCUGUUCAAGUCUCCUACACUGACCACAAGCUUCAUGCAGAGGCAAGGCUGCGUGAUAGAGAUUUUACAGCACUGUGCAAAUCUCCACCCAAGAAGAAACAGGGUAGUUUCUGCCAAGCACGCUCUCUGACUCUGUCCCUGGGUGGGAAACAGUAAGGUGGAGCAUAAUGCCCAUGGAUGGUUCAGUUUGCACCUUUUUCAGGAAGUGGCCACACCUAAAUCCCAGCUGGUGGAAGGCAAGAACUCCUGAGGCAGUUGGCAGGAUGCAGCCACCAUGCUCAUACCCACCCCUGUGAACCAGUGCUGACUUCCCUUGGGAAGUGUCUGUUCAGUCAGCUGCUGUCACUGGCACAUCCCAACUCCCAACACACAAACCACAGAGGGCUGUGAGUUCUUGUAGAUGGUGCUGGAGGAGAGUAACACCUUGGAGAAGGCUGGGAAGUGUUUCAGAGCCUUCCUAAAACAGCAGCAUAUUUCUUGGUGAUAAAGCUUUGUGAAAGGAGGUGGCUGAUCACAGCACCAUGUGUAGGUGUGGCAGUGACGCUGCGGUUGUGCCAGCCUCCCAGUGACCCCGCACAGAGAUAGCCCUGUACACAGAGUGUUUGAUGAGCACACAUGCUGUGACUCAGUGCUGAUUAGUCUCUCCCCUCCCCUGGCACAGCAUUGCCAGGUCUGCUCACACUCCCAGCUCCAGAUCAGAGUCAACAAACGCAUAAAUGAGCAUCCGAGAAAAGGUAAGUCCCACCUACCUUUCCUACCAAAGAGUCUGGUCUCGGAAGUGACACACUGUAGUCCCCCAGGGUCCUACUGCAGGUGACAGCUGAGUGAUGAGCCUUUGCACAAUUGUCUUGCACUCCAAUAGUAGCUUCAAAAUGCUGCAGGUUGGCCCUGUGCUCCCUGUCCCCAGGACUCGCCAGAGCACGGGGCCAACCUGCUCUCCUGCCAAUCUUCCAGCCUGUGGAUCAGUAACAGAAGGAACAAAGAAGUUUUCUGGUGAAAGCUAAAGUCAGACCCCUUCAGGAGUGGGUCCCCUGCCAACUCAUCGGUGAAUCUUGAUUAAUGUUGCUUCAGAUGUGUAACCAAUUUGUAUUUGUACACAUGGCCCUCAGCAGUUAUGGCUGCUGGGCAGUAAGUUCAUGUUUUGUGGUGUCCAACACCCUGAGCUGAGAUCAUGCCCUGUCCUACGUGUAAUUGUUACAGUGUUUGUGUCAAAAAAACCGCAGCUGUUAAAUAGACAUGAGGAAAUGCUGAAUUUACAGGCUUGGUAUUGUAGAGCCAAAAACCAAACACUGAAAGCUGCAAUCAUAGCUCAUUACCAUUAAUCUCA